AUGUUAUUAUGGGUAAGGUCCCAUAACACUGAGUCUUUUCGUUAUCUAUCUAUCUAUCUAUCUAUCUAUCUAUCUAUCUAUCUAUCUCAUUCGCAUGCCUAUCUAUCUAUCUAUCUAUCUAUCUAUCUAGUAUGUGAUUCAGGCCAGGAAAGUCCAUUCAUUUACAACUUAUUUAUUAGCUUUCUCUGGUUCAAAGUUUCUCUCAGUUCUCUGGUUCAAAGUUUCUCUCAGUUCGUUGUUUUAAAGUUUCCCUCAGUUCUCUGGCUCAAAGUUUCUCUUAGUUCUCUGGUUCAAAGUUUCUCUCAGUUCUCUGGUUCAAAGUUUCUCUCAGUUCUCUGGUUCAAAGUUUCUCUCAGUUCUCUGGUUCAAAGUUUCUCUCAGUUCGUUGUUUUAAAGUUUCCCUCAGUUCUCUGGUUCAAAGUUUCUCUCAGUUCUCUGGUUCAAAGUUUCUCUCAGUUCGUUGUUUUAAAGUUUCCCUCAGUUCUCUGGCUCAAAGUUUCUCUCAGUUCUCUGGCUCAAAGUUUCCCUCAGUUCUCUGGCUCAAAGUUUCUCUCAGUUCUCUGGCUCAAAGUUUCUCUUAGUUCUCUGGUUCAAAGUUUCUCUCAGUUCUCUGGUUCAAAGUUUCUCUCAGUUCUCUGGCUCAAAGUUUCUCUCAGUACUCUGGUUCAAAGUUUCUCUCAGUUCUCUGGUUCAAAGUUUCUCUCAGUUCGUUGUUUUAAAGUUUCCCUCAGUUCUCUGGUUCCCUUUUUCUCUCAGUUCUCUCACAUACAGUUUCUCUCAGUUCUUCCUAUUUCAGUUCGUUGUUUCUCAUUCCCUUUCAUUCAAUCUUCUCUGAAAACAGUUUCCCUCAGUUCUCUGGCUCAAAGUUUCUCUCAGUUCUCUGGCUCCUUUCAUUCAGUUCUCUGUUCAAUUUCUCUCAAAGUUUCUCUCAGUUCUCUGGCUCAAAGUUUCUCUCAGUUCUCUGGUUCAAAGUUUCUCUCAGUUUCUCUGGUUCUCAUUUCCUUUCUCUCAGUUCUCUGGCUCAAAAGUUUCUCUCAGUUCUCUGGUUCAAAGUUUCUCUCAGUUCGUUGUUUUCAAAGUUUCCCUCAGUUCUCUGGCUCAAAGUUUCUCUUAGUUCUCUGGUUCAAAGUUUCUCUCAGUUCUCUCAUUUCAAAGUUUCUCUCAGUUCACCUCACAAAAGUUUCUCUCAGUUCUCUCCUCUCAAAGUUCUCUGGUUUUAGUUCUCUGGUUCAAAGUUUUUCUCUCAGUUCUCUGGUUCAAAGUUUCUCUCAGUUCAGUUCUCCUGGUUCUCUUCCCUUUCAGUUUCUCUCACUCUGGUUCAAAGUUUCUCUCAGUUCUCUGGUUCAAAGUUUCUCUCAGUUCGUUGUCUUUAAAGUUUCAAUCUCAGUUCUCUGGUUCAAGUUUCUCUCAGUUUCUCUCAGUUCUCUGGUUCAAAGUCUCUCUCUUUCUCUUUCAGUUCGUUGUUUUAAAGUUUCCCUCAGUUCUCUGGCUCAAAGUUUCUCUCAGUUCUCUGGUUCCCUUUUUCAAUCUCUCUGGUUCAACAGUUCUCUGGUUCUUCCAAUUUUCUCUCAGUUCUCUGGCUCUCCUCUUUCUCUUAGUUCUCUGGUUCAAAGUUUCUCUCAGUUCUCUGGUUCAAAGUUUCUCUCUCAUUCUCUGGUUCUCAUUCUCUGGUUCAAAGUUUCUCUCAGUUCUCUGGUUCAAAGUUUCUCUCAGUUCGUUGUUUUCUCUUUCCCUCAGUUCUCUGGCUCAAAGUUUCAUUCAGUUCUCUGGUUCAAAGUUUCUCUCAGUUCUUCCUUUUUCUCUGGUUCAAAGUUUCUCUCAGUUCUUCGUUGUUUUUCUCUCUCCAAGUUUCCUCAGUUCUCUGGCUCAAAGUUUCUCUUAGUUCUCUGGUUCAAAGUUUCUCUCAGUUCUCUGGUUCAAAGUUUUCUCUCAGUUCUCUGGUUCAAGUCUCUCUCAGUUUCUCUCAGUUCUCUGGCUCAAAGUUUCUCUCAGUUCUCUGUUUUAAGUCUUUCCCUCAUUUCUCUGGUUCAAUCUUUCUCUCAGUUCAGUUGGUUCAAGUUUUCUCUCAGUUCUUGUUUCAAAGUUUCCCUCAGUUCUCUUCAUUCAAUUUCUCUCAGUUCUCUUCUCAAAGUUUCUCUCAGUUCUCUGUUUCAAGUUUCUCUCAUUCCUUUCAUUUCUCUGGCUCAAAGUUUCUCUCAGUUCUUCCUCUUCUCUCUUUUCAGUCUCUCCUCUCAGUUCUCUUUUUCAAAGUUUCUCUCAGUUCUCUGGCUCAAAGUUUCUCUCAGUUCUUCCUUCAAAGUUUCUCUGGUUCAGUUUUCUCCUCUCAGUUCUCUGGUUCAAAGUUUCUCUCAGUUCAGUUUCUCAAGUUUUCCUCAGUUCUCAUUCAGUCUUCUCUCAUUUCUGGUCUCAAAGUUUCCCUCAGUUCUCUCUGGUUCUCUAUAUCUCAGUUCUCUCUCUUUCCUUUUCUCUCAGUUCUCUGGUUCACAAAAGUUUCUCUCAGUUCUCUAUUUCAAAGUUUCUCUCAGUUCUCUUGUUCAAAAAGUUUCCCUCAGUUCUCUGGCUCAAAGUUUCUCUCAGUUCUCUAUUCAAAGUUUCCUCAGUUCUCUGGCUCAAAAAGUUUCUCUCAGUUCUCUGGCUCAAAGUUUCUCUCAGUUCUCUGGUCCAAAUUCUUUCUCUCAGUUCUCUGGUUCAAAUUUUCUCUCAGUUCUCUGGCUCAAAAGUUUCUCUCAGUUCUCUGGUUCAUUCUUUCUCUCAGUUCUCUGGUUCAAAGUUUCUCUCAGUUCACAAACAGUUUCUCUCAGUUUCUUCCUCAGUUCUCUGGUUCAAAGUUUCUCUCAGUUCUCUGGUUCAAAUUUUCUCUCAGUUCGUUGUUUUCAGUUCUUCGUGUUCUCUCUUUCCCUCAGUUCUCUGGCUCAAAGUUUCUCUCAGUUCUCUGGCUCAAAGUUUCCCUCAGUUCUCUGGCUCAAAGUUUCUCUCAGUUCUCUGGCUCAAAGUUUCUCUUAG